GGGCAGCUCCCUUGCUUUGUGCUGGGACCUGUGUUACAACUGUCCCACUCAUCAAACCUGGCUGCCUGCAGGAGGCAGCAGCAAAGGAUGAUGAAGGAGAUCAAUACAAACGCUACCCACCGCUGUUUUUUGUUUUGCAGCAGCGCUGACAUGGCUCUUGCUGGUAUCCUGACAGAAGCUGAAAUUGCUGCUGGCCUACAGAGUUGCCAAGCUGCCGAUUCAUUCAAUUACAAAACCUUUUUUGUCAAAGUGGGUCUGAACUCCAAGUCCAAAGACCAGCUGGCCAAAGUCUUCGGGAUUCUUGAUCAGGACAGGAGUGGUUUUAUUGAGGAAGAUGAACUGAAACUAUUCCUGCAGAACUUCUCAGCUAGUGCCAGAGCUCUGACAGAUGCUGAGACCAAGGCAUUCCUGGCAGCAGGAGACAGUGAUGGAGACGGUAAAAUUGGAGUGGAUGAGUUUCAGGCCUUGGUCAAAUCUUAACAAGCAGCCAAAAGAAAGACCAAGAUACCUGCACCAUAAAUAAACUUUACUAUUGCAAGUCUGUUAUUUAUGCUGUGCCCUGAAAGGUCAUGAACAGUUGGUGGCAAGUGACUUCAUAUUGCUAGAAAAUACGUGCAGUAGUGCAAGCUCUACUUAGAUCUUGUUCCCCAGCAUCUUAACCAGAAGGUCUCUAUACUACUGGGAGACUGAGUUGGAAUCUACUCCACUCAUUGGAAUGUUAAAAAUGUUAAGAGGAGAAGUUAAAACCAUAUCUUCAGAUCAUUUUGUGUUCAGCAUUUGCACAAACAGCUGGUAUCUGUUGUAAACAAUCGGAAUUAAUAAAAUGUCUGGGUAUAAAACCUCAUUAUGCUAACUGGUAGCAGUGACACUAUCUCUGUAUAUCCCAGAUGUGUAAUUAAUGUUCCAUAUGUUUUUAUGCCUUUCUUUAUGCAACUGAUUAUGUUUCAUAUGGUACUUAAAUGGCAGGACUUCGUGCUAAUUAAGAUAUUGAUUGUGAUAUAAGAUUAAAUGGAUCAAAAUGAAUCCAGAUUACCAAAGCAGAACUACAUUCAAAAUCCUCCUUGGAAUAGCUCACAUUCACGUCCACCUGAUGGCACUACUGCUCCACUUACAAGAAGUUAAAGCAGCAUUCUUUUGAAUUAAUUCAAGUCGGAAUAUUUUUACUAUCCCAUCUGUCCACUUCUGUUUAUAACUCAACUUUCCCAGAUUGAAUUAUCUCUGAACACAGAAUGCUGAAUUUUUCUUUCCCAAAGGAGAGGUCCCCAUGCCUCAGAACCUGGGAGCAGGAUGGGAGUAGGUCAGAAGGAAGGUCCGUGGUGCUAGCUUGCGCCUGGAGAAUAAAUACCUUUCUGGUAGAUCCACUGAGGACACUGAAACCCCUGCAGCAGCAAAUCCCAGGCACAAAGCCCUUCCCUACCCACAUCCAACAUACCAGCUGUACCUAGUGAGUUACACACCAUGGCUCAGGGAAACAAAGGAGAAAAACCUGCACAGGGGUAGGAGCUAAGAGCCCAGCAUCCCGCUUAUCCACUAAGAGUCAUGAAGGGCUGCACGCAGAGCCAGAACAGAGAUGUUGUAUCUUUCAAUCAUAUCAAAACUUCCGCCAAAAUGAGUUCUUGUACGAUCAGUGUGAAGAGUAUUAAUUGCUGCUCUCACAGUUGUGAAAGUACAGGUAUAAAUACUUGUGAAGGGCGACACAAAAAAGUUAAUUAGGAAAUCAAUCAUUUCUUCUUGACAGGCAGAUUAAAUGGCAAGCAGGAAAUAGGAAAUAAGUGCAACAUUUUGGACAGUCCUCAUUAGCUAAGAUUCAUCUGGUUUGUGCACUGACUGCAUUAGGAUUCUGUUGAAAACGUGAGAGCAUGAUGAUGCUGUGACAAUUUCAUCACAGCACACACAGCAAUCAAAUGUUACAAAAGUCAACUAAUUGCUAACUUAUCACCUAACCAGAUCUUACAGUCCUUACGUUCUUUUUCACAUAUAUGAUAAAAACAAACAGAU